AUGGGCAUUACCCGAGACUCGAUUCACAAGAGACGUUCCACUGGAGGAAAGAAGAAUAUGAUGCAGAAGAAGAAGAAAUACAACAUGGGUCGUCAGCCAGCCAACACCAGACUCGGCGCAAAGAGAAUUCAUGACGUCCGUUGCAGAUUCGGCAUUAUUAAGAGAAGAGCACUUAGACUUGAUGUCGGAUAUUUCACUUGGGUUUCACAAGCCAUGACCAAGACCGCCAAAAUCUUGAACGUCGUCUACAACGCUUCCAACAACGAUUACGUCAGAACCAACACUUUGGUCAAGAACGCCAUCAUUGAAGUCGAUGCCUCCCCAUUCAGAUUAUGGUUCCUCAAGAGAUUCGGAAAGGACAUUGCCUCCAAGGAUUACAUCAAGUCCCUCGAGACUGAAGGUUACACCGCUGACAAGAAGAUCGCCCUCGCCAAGGAGGAAGACGUUAAGACUGACGCCAAACAGACUGGCAAAGAGGAAUCAAAAGAGAAGACUGUUGCUCACCAAAUUGUUGAGACUCAACUUGCUUUAAUGAAGCCAUCAAACACUAUGAAGAAGAAAUAUGCCUCUAUGCUCAAAGUCCUUAAGCACGUCAAGUUCGAGGAUGCCUUGAUGGAGGGCUUCCAGGCUGGAAGAUUGUUGGCUUGCAUCUCAUCCAGACCGGGCCAGACUGGCAGAGUUGAUGGAUACCUCUUGGAAGGAAAGGAACUCGACUUCUACUCAAAGAAGGUCUCUGAGAAGAAAAAGUAA